AUUAGUGGGUAAUUAUCUAUAUUGAUAUAAUAGGAAUUUGAUAAACAUAACAUUCCAAUUUGCAUAGUAUAUUUUAUAAUCAUUAGUAUAUUUUUAUUUUUACAUGUAUAGAUUGAGCAGCUGCAAUGGCAAAUUGUAAAAAUCAAUGUGGGCCGGGUUACAAAAGUCCCUUAGAUGCAUAUAUUAAUGGAAAACGAGAAACUAUUUUGUACACUAUAUGCAUUCAACCAAAUGCGUUAACAAAAAACAAAACAGAUUAUUUGGCCACUAUUGAUGUGGACCCAAAUAGCCCUACAUAUUCUCAAGUGAUCUUUAGGACAAGCGUAGAAAAUGUUGGUGAUGAACUACAUCAUUUUGGAUGGAACACUUGUAGUAGUUGUUAUGAUGAUUGUACAAAAAGCCGAAAUAAAGUAAUUUUGCCUUCUUUAGCAUCUGAUCGAAUUUAUGUUUUGGAUGUGACAAAUGAAAAAGCUCCUAAAUUACACAAAACUAUUGAACCUAGUGAAGUCCAUGCUUUUAAUGUAUCAACUUUACAUACAACUCAUUGUUUACCUAAUGGUAAUGUAAUGAUUUCAACGAUGGGCGAUGCUGAUGGUAAUGGAAAAGGUGAUUUUAUAUUGAUAGAUGCUGAAGAAGGAGUAGUUAAAGGAACAUGGACAAAAGGUGAAACAGCAAAAUUUGGAUAUGACUUUUGGUAUCAGCCAUACUGGAAUGUUUUAGUAUCAUCUGAAUGGGGAACACCUAAAGAUUUCAAAACUGGUUUUCAUGCUGAUCAUAUUAACGACAUUGAGAAAUAUGGACGGUCCAUCAACUUUUAUUCUUGGUCUGAAAGAAAAUUAUUGCAGUCUAUUGAUUUGGGUGCAGAUGGCAUAGCUCCUUUAGAAAUACGAUUCUUACACAAUCCUAAAUCAUCUGAAGGAUUUGUUGGCUGUGCAGUAAAUAGCAACAUUUUUAGAUUUUUUCGGACUGAUGACGGUACUUGGGAAUCUGAAAAAGUGAUAUCUGUACCUAAGAAAACUGUAAAGGAUUCUAAUGGAUUAAAUGAAAUUUCAGGCAUGAUCACAGAUAUUUUGAUAUCAUUGGAUGAUAAAUAUCUAUACUUUUCUAAUUGGUUGCACGGAGAUGUCAGACAAUAUGAUAUAACAAACACCAGCAAACCUAAACUGGUUGGCCAAAUAUUUUUAGGUGGAUUAUUGUUGAAAGAUGGAUUAUUAACUGUUGUUAAAGACUCUGAGCUUAAAGAACAACCAGAACCUGUAUAUAUCAAAGAAAGACGUUUAUUUGGUUCACCUCAAAUGAUCCAGUUAAGCUUAGAUGGGAAAAGACUAUAUGUAACUACUUCUUUAUUUACACCAUGGGAUAAACAGUUUUAUCCAGAAUCUGUGAAACAUGGAUCUACAUUAGUCAAACUCGAUGUGGACACUAUUAAUGGAGGCUUAUCUCUGGAUCAGGACUUUUUAGUAGAUUUUGGCAAAGAACCUGAUGGGCCUAUCAUGGCCCACGAAACAAGGUAUCCAGGAGGCGAUUGUACUUCAGACAUUUGGUUGGCUGAAGAUUAGAAAGUAAAAUAAUAUUUCAACUAGUGAUGGACACUACCGAAUAAUGUUUAUAGACAUAUCAUUAACAUCUUUCAUAUUAGAUAUAUUAUUAUCAACAAUUAAUUUUAACAAUCGUAAUUUGAUAGGUAGUAUCAAUUACCAAUUAAUGUUACGCACGCAUAAUAAAAUAUUUUAUAUACCAUUUUA